AAAAACUCGCCUCCGGGUCGUCGCUCGCCCGGGUACGGCAGCAGUUGCAUGCUGGGAACUUCAGUGGACUUUAUUACCCCACCAUCCCAGUCCGCCUAGUCAGAUCCCUCUCUAACCAUGGCAGAGCUCCAGGCUAAGUUUGAUGCUGCAGCAGCUGAUGUGAAGCAGCUGAAGGCCAAGCCGGCCGAUGAGGAGAUGCUGCAGGUCUACUCGCUGUUCAAGCAGGCCACUGUCGGGGAUGUCAACACAGAUCGUCCAGGGAUGUUUGAUUUCACCGGUAAAGCCAAAUGGGAUGCCUGGGAGAAGAAGAAAGGCAAGAGCAAAGAGGAUGCCAUGGCGGAGUACGUCAGCCUGGUGGAGCAGCUGAAGGAGAAGUAUGGAAUCUAAAGUCACAUGAUGGCCGCCGGCCUGAAACCAGCACCACGCCGGGAAACGCCUUUAAGCCAGCGAGUGUGUCCUUCCACAUCCCAGGGGGGGGGGGGGAGGGCUGCUGAAGAACCACUAAGUGUCCUCCACCAGAGUAGCAUCAUAUUUCAACCAUCGUAUCUGCACAGAAUCCUGCCAUUUCAAUAUAAAAAAAUCUUUCUACUCCAA